AUGGACGUUGUAGUUACAUCUCACCCUGUUUAUGGAUACCAAUUUGACAUUCAAAAAAGGCAAGACUUGGUUCGGACUAUUCCUGACCUGGCAAUCGGUCGCUCGAGCGUUUUUGACGAAAUCAAAACACCGGCUUACAAAAAGCAACAUAAUGUCUACAAGGACUACACGAUAGGACGAUCUUCACCAAUUUGGAACGUCAAGAAACAAUCUUCAAUGCCAAACACCCGCCUGGAUACAUUGGCUCAGCCGAAAAAAUUACACCCAAAUUACCUUCCAAGCAAGAGUAUAACGAAUAUUAGCUCGAGCGCAAAGAAUGCGUCCUGCUCUGAGCGUCUGGACAAUCUUUCAGAGCCAAAAAAGAGAGUUGAACUUGAACAACGCGAAUGGAGAAUAAAGAAGGCUUCACUAAAGGCAACGCCUUCGUCAAGAAUAGAAGAACUCUCUCACCCUAGGGGACCCCCCAUGGGUUUUGUGCCGGAUAAGUUUGAAUCUUGGAAAGUUAGCAAAGCCGCGAUAGCGGCUAAACCAUCUGAACGAAUUGAAGAGUUGUCAAAACCAUGUAAACGUGAAGUUUCCAGUAAUUUACCAAAAGAGGAUGCGUUUUACGUAAGCAUGGCCGCCCGGAAAGCAAAAUGCUCAGCCAGAAUUGAUGAACUAGCUCAACCAGUCCAAAGAGGAUCUUAA